CUUUCAUUGUCACUCAAUACCUUGAGACAGAAAAAAUUCAUUUUACAUUUCACUUUCAUUUCUGUCGGUAUUCCCAGUCGUUAAAAUAGUUAUACCACAGUGUAUAUUUAUCAAGAUUCAUACGCACGUUGUUCAGAUUUGUAAGGUGGGUUGGUUGUAUAUUGUUUAACGUGCUGCUCGAGAAUUCUUCACUCAUAUGUAGGCGUCACCAUUGACGGUGAAGGGCUGCAAAAUUUAGGCAAGUAUGCUCGGCGCUUACGGCCUUUGAGCAGUAGGGAUCUUUAUCGUGCCACGCCUGCUGGGACGGGGCCUCGGUAGAGGUAAAACAUCAGAAAUACUUAACAGAUGAAAAAACGUAUUCUUCUAAACGAUCCAAAUCUACUACAAUCUGAGGUUCGCGCCUUGCAGCGGGAUUUGCAGGAUUUAAAAUCUUCUGUGGAAACCAAGAGACAAGAAGUCGCAUCUCUUACAAAUGAACUAAAAGCUGUACAGGCUAAAAAUUUAAAUCUUACACACGAAGUUGCUUCUCUUCAAUCUCAGAAUGGCAAUUUCAAACGUGCAUUUGACGACAUGGAAGGCGUACUACUCAAAUCUGGUUCUGUAUAUACAACUUGGGGAAAACGUACUUGUCCCAACAGAAAUGGUACGGAUAUUAUCUACAGCGGACUAAUUGGCGGAAGUAGUUCUUCUGAACCUGGAAAUGGUGUCAACACGCUCUGUCUUCCACAUGACCCAGAAGCACUUCCGGACCACGUGAUUCCUCUCGUACAGGCAACCGCCAAUUAUGGCCAUCUUUUUGGGGCCGAGUACCACUUCAGCUUCAAUAAAGUGGUCAUUCAUGAUGACGUGCCCUGUGCUGUAUGUCUUGCAAAAAUGUCAGCUACCACCUUAAUGUUUCCCGCCAAACGGACUUGUCCACCUUCGUGGAUUAAACAGUACAGUGGUUUUUUGGGGUCAAAUUACUAUGACUACGGUAAAAAUGAAUACCUCUGUCUUGAUGAAAAUCCGGACUACAUCGAACGUUCGCGUGAAAAUAUUGCCGGGCUGUUUCUAUAUCCUGUUAAAUCAGUGUGCGGUAGUCUCCCCUGUCCACCUUACAAAAACUCCACAUUGAUUUCUUGUGUGGUGUGCUCCUUGAAAUAAUUCACAAAGUAUCAAAAAUUCAAACUACGGUAUCGUAUAAAUUGCUGUGCAUAAAAUACAAUGUAUGUUGAUAAGACAUGAUAUAGACGUAGCGAUAUAAGCACUGAUGGUGAAUGAUAUACUAGUAAUAUUUGAUAUGGUACUGAUUAUACUUCGCUAAUAAUACAUAUAUGUAGGUAUAAUUUGUUGUAUAGUGUAUACAAAUUUCUGUAUCGCAUAUUCAUUAACUUUUUAAGUAAUCUGAUCACAAAAAUUGUUUUAUCUAUUACGCAUCUAGUGGCAUUUGCAUCCGUUGGUUUAUGUAUUUAAAACAACAAACAUUUGAAUGUUUCCUGUGGCUGGAAUGUACAUUUGUAUAAAGAAUAUGGAGCAUAUGUUGUUCGGUAUUGACCAGGUUUUAAACACUUGUACGUUAUGCAUAAAACUUUCAGCACUUCUA